GGGGCUAAUGUCCUGGGGUAAUGUUUUAAAAAGUUGUUUUCUUGGCUAUUAACAGUUAAGUAUCACAUUUGAAUUCUAGAUUAGAAAAUAGAGAAAAAGAAAAGCGAAUUUUACGUCCCUAGAUUUACAUGUCUAUUCUUAGGCAUUUUUUAACGUGUAUAAGGCCUAUGCAUUUUUAAACAGUUUUAAAAUGGGUUCCUGCAGCUUUAUAACCUACUUUUCUUUUUUAGAUAUAUGUUCAGAGAAGUACACAGCUCACACAUCUGCCUUUUCCCAAGAAGAGCAGGAAAUGGUGGAAACCCAGGGACUCGUGACAUUUGAGGAUGUGGCUGUGGAUUUCACUCAGGAGGAGUGGCAGUACCUGAAUCCUCCACAGAGGAUCCUGUACAGGGACGUGAUGCUGGAGACCUACAGCAACCUGGUCUCUGUAGCAGGACAGCAGGCUACCAAACCAGAGCGCAUCCUCAAAUUGAAGGUAGAAGAGCCAUGCCUGGCAGAAGGAAAAAUCCCAAUUCGGAGCUUUCCAGAAACCUGCCAAGUUGAUGAACAGAUUGAGAGGCAGCACCAGGAUGACGAAGAUAAAUGUUUGUUGAUGCAAGUUGGAUUCCCUGACAAAAAAACAAUUCUCAUCAAGAGUGACCAUAACUAUAAUAAAUUUGGAAGCACACUUUAUAUGAGUACAAACCUAGUUGCUUCAAUACAAAGACCCUAUAAACAUGAGUCAUUUGGAAAUAAUAUGGUAGAUAAUUUAGAUUUAUUUAGUAGAAGCUCUGUAGGAAAGAAACAUGAUAAUGGAUGUGCAAAAUUAUUAUUCCACACUGAAUAUGAGAAAACAACUCCUGGAGUGAAAACCUAUGGAUAUAAAGAGUGUGGGAAGAACCUAAGGCGAAAGAAAGGUCUUAGUCUACAUCAGAGAAUUAAAAAUGGAGAGAAACCCUUUGAGUGUACUGCAUGUAAGAAAACCUUCAGCAAGAAGUCCCACCUCAUUGUACAUUGGAGAACUCAUACAGGAGAGAAACCUUUUGGAUGUACUGAAUGUGGAAAAGCCUUUAGCCAAAAAUCUCAGCUCAUUAUACACCUGAGAACUCAUACAGGAGAGCGGCCCUUUGAGUGUCCAGAAUGUGGAAAAGCCUUCAGAGAAAAGUCAACUGUCAUCAUACAUUACAGGACACAUACAGGAGAGAAACCUUAUGAAUGUAAUGAAUGUGGAAAAGCCUUCACUCAGAAGUCAAACCUCAUCGUCCACCAGAAAACCCACACAGGAGAGAAAACUUAUGAAUGCACUAAAUGUGGGGAAUCUUUCAUACAGAAGCUUGAUCUAAUUAUACACCAUAGUACUCAUACAGGAAAGAAACCCCAUGAAUGUAAUGAGUGUAAGAAAACUUUCAGUGAUAAGUCAACUCUCAUUAUACAUCAGAGGACUCAUACGGGAGAGAAACCUCAUAAAUGUACUGAAUGUGGGAAGUCUUUUAAUGAGAAGUCAACUCUCAUUGUGCAUCAGAGAACUCACACAGGAGAGAAACCCUAUGAAUGUGAUGUGUGUGGGAAAACCUUCACCCAAAAGUCAAAUCUUGGUGUACAUCAGAGAACUCAUUCCGGAGAGAAACCCUUUGAAUGUAAUGAAUGUGAGAAAGCAUUCUCUCAGAAAUCCUAUCUCAUGUUACACCAGAGAGGUCAUACAGGAGAGAAGCCCUAUGAAUGCAAUGAAUGUGAAAAAGCAUUUUCUCAGAAAUCAUAUCUCAUUAUACAUCAAAGAACUCAUACAGAAGAAAAACCCUAUAAGUGUAAUGAAUGUGGCAAAGCGUUCAGAGAAAAGUCAAAGCUCAUUAUACAUCAGAGAAUUCACACAGGAGAGAAACCCUAUGAAUGUCCUGUAUGUUGGAAAGCUUUUAGCCAGAAGUCACAGCUCAUAAUACAUCAGCGAACACACACAGGAGAGAAACCCUAUGCAUGCACUGAGUGUGGCAAAGCCUUUAGAGAAAAAUCAACCUUCACUGUACACCAAAGAACUCAUACUGGAGAGAAACCCUAUAAGUGUACAGAAUGUGGGAAAGCCUUUACUCAAAAAUCAAACCUUAUUGUACAUCAGAGAACACAUACAGGAAAGAAAGCCCAUGGGAAAGGCCACACCCGGAAGCCAAAGCUCAUUGCACAUUAGAGAGUAAAUCAAUAGUGUCUGUUAUGUUCCCUGAAGGAAAGUUUUGUUAACAUUUUUAAAGUAUGCUCUGACUUCUGGUUCAAAUGUAGGAGAUAAAGUCAGCCUUUUUUCUUUUCAUUUAAGUCUUUACCCAAAAGCUACAGGGAGAUGAAGCAGAAAUGUAAUCUCUGUAUCUGACAAAAUUAGGAGACAGCUGAAACCCUGAUGAGAGGGCUGCCAUAGGCAGAUGUGGGAGAUCUCACAGGAGAGAGAAUGCUCAAGGCUGCAGGUGUGAGACAGCACUCGACUCUUAGCUGAGGUUUUGGAUAUACCCUGAGUGCAACACCAUAUACAAACACAACAUCAGUAACCCAUGGCAUGGGUAGGUGGGAGGUAGGAUGUUUCCUAGACUCAUUUGGCAAGGACUUGCUCAGAUAAACCAUAUUUAGCCAAAACUAUACUAAUUAAAGGAGCAAUUGGCGGCGGCUGGGGUGAGAGAAGGGAGUGUUCCUUGUGAUGAGCCCUACAGCUGCCCUAUUUACUGACUCCAGAGAAGUCAAGUCUGAAUGAACUAUCAAAUGGAAAAAAAAUCCCAGUUGUAAGAGAACCUCUGAUCAGCCUUAAAUGUGGCCCUGGUUUUUCCCCCCAACAUGAACUGCCAGCAAACAUCAAGUCCAGGAAAAACUCUUAUUUAAAGAGUGAUUCCAAAGUAACCAAAACCACAAACGUACAUGGCUUUUCCAGCCAUUCCACUCCUAGGAAUGCAUAUACUCAUGCAUGUAUAAAAUGAUGAACCCACAGAGGUAUUCAUUGAUGCAGUGUUUUGAAAACAAAAGGUUGGAAGCUGUCAAAAUGACACCACCAGGGGUCUGGUUCCUGAAAUCCUGGUACACUGAUAGAGCAAACUCCUAGGUUGACUAAAAUGUAUAAAGAGAACUUGGACACCAUUUAUGUAGUGAUGUGGGAUGACCUCCAACAUACAUAGUUAGGUGGAAAAAACAAGGUGCAAGAUAGUGAGUAUAAUGUGCUACAACUUGUAUAUAAAAAAGAGAACAUGUGGUAAGUACAUAAUUUAGUGUAUAUGUGUAAACUGUCUCUGGAAAAAUACACAAGAAGCUGGGAACCAUGGUUACCUCUGGGAAAGAGAAGGGGAAGUGGGUAGCUGGGGUUAUGGAAUUGGGAGGGAGACAACUGUAUAUUCUUUCGUAACUUUUGAAAAUUGUACUAUGUGGAUGUACUACCUUAUCAAUAAGUGAAUAAAACUUUAAAAGCAUA